AUGCUCCUCCGCCUCCCCACAAGCCUACACUACCCAAUCCGCAUCACCGAGAUUCACAAGCGCGUCGGCGAGUCCAUAGUCCUCGGCGAUCGGCUCUUCAGCUACACAUACCGCACCAAAGUAACCGAGGGGCGGCGCGGCGAAGAGGAAGACCAAUUAGUCGAGCGCGAAUUCCCUGCCCACUUCUCCAGCACACUCGAAGGCACCAUUACCGCAUGGCAUGUCUGGAAUGGGGACACAAUAGCCUUCCCACGAGAUGUUGCCAAAGUCGAAGAAGAUUGUACGCAUGAAGUGCAGUUUAACGGGCUGUGCAUAAACUGCGGGAAGGACCUUACGCAGGAGGCGUCCCCAACGGGUGGUGCGAGUAGUGGCAUUGAGGCACGGGCGCCGAUAGUGUUCGACCAUGAUACUACAGGUUUGACGAUCAGUCAGGAUGCGGCAAGAGCGAUUGAUGUGGAGAGUAAGCGGAGACUGUUGGCGGAGAAGAAGUUGAGUCUGGUGGUCGAUCUAGAUCAGACAAUCAUUCAUGCCGCAGUGGAUCCGACAAUUGGGAAGUGGCAGCAAGACCCCGAGGAUCCGAACCAUGAGGCUGUCAAGAACGUGAGAAGUUUCCAGCUGUUCGACAAUGCCCGAGCCGACUGGUACUAUAUCAAGCUCCGCCCGGGGCUGGAGGACUUCUUGGAGACUAUCGCGAAAAUGUAUGAGAUGCAUAUCUACACCGCGGGCACGAAGCAGUAUGCGAUACAGAUCGCGAAGAUUGUGGAUCCGACUGGGAAGCUCUUUGGUGAUAGGAUUCUCAGCAGGGACGAGAGUGGGAGCGCCACUUCAAAGCAUCUCGAGCGGUUGUUUCCGAUUGAUACAAAGAUGGUGGUGAUCAUUGAUGACAGAGGGGAUGUGUGGAAGUACAGCGCAAAUUUGGUACGGGUCACAGAGUUUCAGUUCUUCCCGGGGCAAGGGGACAUCAACGCGAGCUUCCUGCCAAAGAGGGUGGGCGCGCCUGUUGGGGACGGGCAAUCUCUGCCAGCAGCGGAGACAGCGGCGGUGGUGCAACCAGAUGGAGAGGGCCGUGGUCAGCAGCCGAACGGUGUCGCAGAGGACGGGACGUCAACGGUACAGAACGGUACGUCUACUUUGGGCACGCUGCUGGCCAUGAGUGGCAGCAACGAUGCCGCAGUCCUUCAAGAACAGACCAGCUUGCAGGAGAAGACGAUCGAGGCACAACUCGUUGAGAAGCCUCUGGAGAAGAUGCAGCGUGAGCAGGACGAGAAGGACGCAGCAGCUGAGAACGGUGAUGGCGAAGCACUACUCGGAGUGGCGCAAGAGUCCACGGGCGAGGCGGCCGAGUCACCGGGCGAUCGAGAACCAACUCCGACGGACUCCGAAUCAGGAGGAACGCCCAAGAAGCAACGGCACUCCAUCCUCAAAGACAACGACGAAGAGCUUAUACAUCUUGAGGCCGCUCUUGCUAGGGUGCACAGCGCGUUCUACAAGGAGUGGGACCGCAAACGGCACAGUAAGGGCGGACGUGUCGCUGCGCUGGCUGGGGGUCGAAAGCCUCCGCUACCUGAGCCCGCUGCAGAAGAGGAAAAUCUCGCCCUCGUCCCGGAUAUCAAGCGUAUCCUGCCACCGAUGAAGCUGCCUGUCCUGCGUGGCGUCACUAUCGUCUUUUCUGGCGUUAUUCAAUUAGGCUUCGACAUCCAAACUGCGGACAUCUCCAAUUGGGCGAGGAGCUUCGGCGCAACCAUCCGCGACGACAUCAGCGUGAAGUGA